AUGACCACAAACUUGGGUGCUCGACGCACCUUUUCAAUCUUCGCUUCUCGUAACCUCGCACGAGCGCCUAUACCCGUAUACUACCGCCCUGCUUUGACGGUACUUGCUACCCGUGGAGUGGCGGAUGACAUCAAGAACAAAGCAAAGGAAGUGGCUAAAGAUCCAAGCACCGUGCUUCGGUCCGCCACCGAUGAGCUGAAAACCGUUGGAGGAGACUUGGCCAAGACGAUUGCCGGGAAUGUGCAAAGGGAUCUUCCUACUGACAACAAUGACCCCACAUCUAUUACGCGCGAACUGUCUGGUAGCUCUAAAUCUGAACACGGAGGAUUAAAGGAAGAUUUUGUAUCUAUCACACGGGACAUUGCUGUCACAGUUCCCGAUCCAGCUAUGAAAGUGGGUCUUGCGGGAGGGAUACCGUACAUCGGAACGGCACUAGCCUCGGUUUACUAUGCUCGUCAAGCAGCCCAGGCCAUGGCUGGCCAGUUGCACGGCGUCGAUGUUGAAACAUCAUUGCAACUUCUCAAUCAAAUCCAACACGUGCAAGUCACGUAUGGUGCCGUAUUGCUUGGUUUCUUGGGUGCCAUCCAUUGGGGCCUGGAGUUUGCCAAGUUUGGUGGGGAAAAAGGUUAUAAACGAUUGGCACUUGGAGUUGCGCCCGUAUUGUAUGCGUGGCCGACGCUGAGUUUGACGCCCGAGGUUGCUCUGGCAGCUCAGUGGGCCGGGUUUACUGCUUUCUGGUGGGCCGAUUCAAAGGCAACUUCUGCUGGUUGGACGCCCAAGUGGUACUCUCAGUACCGGUUCUAUUUGUCAAUACUUGUGGGCGGUUGCAUAAUUGGCACACUGGCGGGGACAAACUACUUUGGGCCAGCUUCGAGUUUCAAGAUCGAUGAAGGCAAACUACACAAGUUAGAUCAAACCGCUGCCAAAGGUUCGUUGGGAGGAUUAGCUACCAAGGGCGGCCGCAAGGAAGGAGAACUCUCUGCAGACAAGACCGAGGGUAUCGAGGCACUUCCGGCUGAAGAAGGCUCAGACGGCUAUGUGGUUAUCAAGAAGAAGGUGCAACCUGAAGAAGGCAAGGAGGGAGACAAUAAGCCAGAGAAUCAGACCAGUGAUGCCCGCAAACAGGAGGCUCAGGCCCAGAAGGAUAAUAAACAAGAUCAAGGAAAGGCCGGAAGCGUUCGCAGGGGAGAAAAUGCAAUAAAGAAAUAA